AUGCAGCGUGGGGCGGCUCACGACGGAGAGCUCUUGGCAGAGAAGCUCGUGAAGCAGCUGCUCGGCCUCGGAUCGCAUUCAGCGGUCGACGCAGCCCUGGUCCAGGCCCUGCGGCCCUACCUGCAGGGCUUGCCGGUCCAUCUCGCCGAAACUGCAGCCCUCCUCGAGACCAGGCCCUCGUCGCAGGAGAGCGCCCGACAGAGCCUGUCGCAGCUGAGCGAAGAUCUGCGGCGUCUCCGGGCAAAGCUGGAGGAGGCUCUGGGAUCCGAGCCGCAGGUGGAGGCCACCGAGGCGGCGGCGGCGCGGCAAUGCGUGGAGGAGCUCCAGAGCCGUCUGGAAGCGAUCUCAGAGGUCUCGGAGGCCUCUGCCCUGGAGAUGCUCAUCGAGGCCUUUGAGCUCCUGGAGGGCUGCGCCUCCCUGAUGCUGGUGAACCGGAUGGGGAGCUUCGAGCACUUCGAGUCCUCUCUCUCCGAGCCCCUCCACGAUCUCUGGGAGUUUCCCUCGGACCACCCGCCCGUGGGAGCGAGAGUCGUGCUGAAAGGCGACGGCGAAGCUCUGAACCUGGCCUCCUUCAAUGUUCUGAAUAUGCACUAUAUGAAGUUCAUUGACAAGGACUGGCAGGGCCUGGAGGGCUCCAAGAUGCAGCAAAGCCCUGCGGAGCAAAGGGCCGAGGAGCUCGUCUCCGUGGUCCUCAGGCUCCUCCUCCACCCAGGCCACCCGAAGGCCGUCCUCUGCCUCCAGGAGUGCUGGCCGGAGUUCCUGAAUCUCUUGGAGGCGAAGCUCGGCGCCCAGGGCUGCAGCAUGCGGUGCACCGGAGACCGGAGCCAAAAGAACCAGGAGGCGAUCGUCUACAACUCUGCCUACGUGGAGUUAGUCGACUUCCACUGCCUUCAGGAGCCGUACCCAUCUGACCCAAAGAAGGUCAUAGCGGUGGCGUGCUUCAAGCUGCAGGGCGGCGGUGAGGCUUCGAACCGGCAGCUGCGGAUAGUUACCACGCACCUGCCCGGGAUGCCCUACGGCCCUGCGUGUCGGGAGUUCAGCGAUGCCCUGAGCUCCGAGAUUUCGGGGGACUGCGGAAGUAUCCCGACCCUCCUCAUGGGCGACCUCAACUUCCCGGAGGAGGUCAUCAGACCGCUUCUGAAGCAUUUCGGCCGGCUGAAGGACGUGCAUUUCGCUGCGAUUCCGUAUCCGACCAAUGUCUCGCAGGCAUCGCUGCUUCCGAAGAGGAUUGACUGUAUUGCAUCUUUAUCUCCCAGCGAUGUGCUGGAGGUAGCAGCUCUGGGAGCGGAUGAGGUCCUGCAUGGGCUUCAGCCGCAAGUGGACCUGCUGCGGUUCAGGUUAGAAGUGCGACCUCAGUUCGAGAGGGCCUUGACUCCACGCCUCAGGAUCAAGCAGUUGGAGGAGAGUUUCUCAGCUCGCUUCUUCUUCGAGGCCCAGAACUGCUUUCAGUUUCUCAAGAAGAAAGUCGAGGGCGAGGACGCUGGUGCGACACCGGGUGACAACAUCGACAAGCCAAAAACGAAGCCUGACUGCCGCUCGAGAUUCACGGUGGAGAACUGUCUCGCAGAGCCAACAGAGGAAUCACCGAAGCCGAAAGUGUGGAUGGACUAUAAGGACGGCUGCAGCGUGGUGAAGAUGUCCUGGGUGAUUGCUGGCGAGUUCGCAGAAAAGCUUGAAUUGAAAAGCUUUCCCUUCGACUGCCAAGAGCUGUCUGUGACACUCUGCCUAGGUGUGCCGUGCCUCGCCGGAAAGGAGCAGGUGCGGUUUCAAUAUCCAGAUGAAGACGAAUCCAAAGUGAUCCUGAACGUCUUCAGUCUGCAAAACUCCUGGAUACGCCCGGAACGCGUCUUCUUGAAGUUUGACUGGACCGAUAAAGACAAGAAUUGGCAGGAACAUCAGUUUCCGACUGUGAAAAUCAGCGUUUAUCUUCAGCGCAAAUACGGGUUUUACCUAUGGAACGUGGUCCUCCCCAUGUUCCUGAUCGCUUCAAUGAGUGCUUGCUCGAUGAGCAUCCACAUCGACAAGGUCGCUGAUCGUCUUAGUGCGACUUUAACUUUGGUCCUCACGGCGGUUGCUUACAAGUACAUCACCGCUCAGAUGGUUCCAACCAUCGGUUACAACACCUGGUUAGACAAGUACGUGCUGGCGUGCUUCUGGUUCCUCGUAGUCAUUGUCUUGGAGAACUGUGUUGCUGGACGGUUCGACGAACAGACCGAAUCUCUGUGGUUCCUGUUCAUUGCUAUUAUGUUCAUCUUGACCAACAUCGGCUUCGCAAUCUGGGCGUGCAUUCUCGUCGCGCAGGCGACGACUCGAGCCAAAGAGGGCCCCGGAGCACAGGUGUGUUGCGAGGGCUGCUUCGCCGAGCUCUCGGACGACAUGGCGGGCGACGCGCUCUGCGAGUUCUAA